CCCCGCAGAAAAGUGAUAGGAUCCAUCUAAAGGCCCGUAAAGUAUUUGGAAUCUCUCUCUCUCUCUCUCAGCAAGACCUACCUAGGGUUUUGUUGCUCUGCCCUUUUUCAGCUUUCUUGAUUUUGUAAAAUUUACUUCAUAUAGCCAUAUAGUUAAAGUCGUUGUUCCGUUAAUUCAGAUUUGUUUUUAUAGAUAGAUUCUUCCGUUUUUUUUUUGUUGGUUGUUCCAUUUUCAAAAAAGGGCGAAAAUGGAGUUUGGACGAAAGAGAAUGGUAGAUGGUGCUUUUGCAGGAAACGGAGGCACGAAAAAACCAAGAAAUGAAUCAGAAUCGUUUACGUCUGGUGUAGGAAGCAAAUCAAAGCCAUGCAUGAAGUUUUACAGCACUUCUGGAUGCUCAUAUGGGGAGGCAUGUCACUUUCUUCACCAUGUUCCUGGCUAUAGUGCUAUGAGUCAAAUAUCGAUCAUGGGAUUGAACCCAGCAGUUCCCACCGGAAGGAAUACGGCCCCUUUUAGUGAUGGUCCUGCUUCAUCUAUGAAGUCCAAGCUAUGCAACAAGUAUAACAGUGCCGAAGGAUGCAGGUUUGGUGAUAAAUGCCAUUUUGCGCAUAGCGAGAUGGAGAUUGGGAAGCCAGUGGUACCAGCUUAUGAUGAUUUUCAAGCGACAGGACCUCACAGGAGGUUUUCUGGGUAUCAUAAACCAUCCCAAUUCAGUCCAGCUGCAACAAACUUCGGUGCAUCUGCAACAACUACAAUUAGCAUAGAUGCUGCUCUUGCUGGAACCAUCAUUGGGAAGAAUGGCGUGAACUCGAAACAGAUAUGUCGGGUUACUGGUGUCAAGCUCUCCAUAAAGGAGCAUGAAACAGAUUCCAAUAGAAGGAAUAUUGAGCUCCAGGGAACCUUUGAUCAGAUUAAUCAGGCCAGCGCCAUGGUACGGGAGAUCAUAUCAAAUGUUGGCACCUCCACAGGUGGUCCAAAAAAUACUGGCCCAUUUAAGACGAAGAUGUGUGCCAACUUUUCCAGAGGUUCAUGCACUUUUGGAGAAAAAUGUCAUUUUGCUCAUGGUGCUAAUGAGCUGCAGAAGCCAUUGGUUUGAUCUUCACAGCUUUAGGUAUUAGUGAAGAUAGUUGUUUAGCCACAGGAACCGUGGAAAUGUCAGAAAUAUUUGUUUGCACUGUAUUAGAUUUUCUGGUCAGACUUUCGGCCAGUGGUAUUACUUUUUUCAUAGCUGAUUUUGGAAGUCUCUUGUGGAGCUGACAGGAACUCGAGUAUUAGAGUGGUUUUCAAUGAGUGCUACAUUUGAACGUUGAAUGGACUCGUAAAGCUCAUAAUGUACUCUCACAUUCCAGAGAUGAGAGAACCCGGGAGAUGGCUUUUGGUCAUCACGUUGACAAGCCUUUGUAAGGACAAAAACACUCGAUAAAGAUGACUGUAUAAAUGGCGUAUACAGCAACUUUAAUAAUACAUUUAAGUGGUGAAAAUGA